CGGACCGGGCUGGCCAUGGCGACGGCGGAGGACCAGCGGACGUCACCGGAGCCCGCGGAGCUGCCGGCCGCCGUACGCGCGAGCGUGGAGCGGAAGCGGCAGCGGGCGCUGAUGCUGCGCCAGGCCCGGCUGGCAGCGCGGCCAUACCCCGCGGCGGCGGCCACCGGAGGCAUGACCAGUGUAAAAGUCCCUCCCAGAAUGAUUGACACCAAAGGAGGCUUCAUUUUAGAAGAGGAGGAGGAAGAGGAACACAAGAUUGGAAAUGUUGUUCAUGACCCAGGGCCCGUCAUGGAGUUUGAUUAUGUGGUCUGUGAAGAGUGUGGGAAAGACUUCAUGGACUCGUAUCUUAUGAACCACUUUGAUUUGCCGACGUGUGAUAGCUGCAGAGAUGCUGAUGACAAACACAAGCUUAUAACCAAAACCGAAGCCAAGCAGGAAUACCUUCUGAAAGACUGCGAUCUAGAGAAGAGAGAGCCUGCGCUCCGGUUUAUCGUGAAGAAGAACCCUCAUCACUCACAGUGGGGCGAUAUGAAGCUCUACUUAAAGUUACAGGUUGUAAAGCGGGCUCUGGAAGUUUGGGGUAGCCAGGAAGCCCUGGAAGAUGCCAAGGAAGUGAGGCAGGAAAACCGAGAAAAGAUGAAGCAGAAGAAGUUUGAUAAAAAAGUAAAAGGAUUUUAUGAUGCAGUGAAGAUUCUCCUCUAUGACAAACCUCUCCACUGAAUGACUCCCUGGCAUGACAGGACCCUGGAAAGAAGACCAAAUGUACUCAUGCACAGAACCACAAAACAGAUUUCUUUCCUUUAUUCAAUAAAUACUUUCAUCUAGGACUGAACUGUCCUGUUAAAUACCUACCACAGAAUCAAGAGUGUAUAGUGCUCCUGAGACAUCAAAUACCCACCAGGCCUAUUUUACAAAUCAAUUAAAAACAAACAAAAACAAAAACAAAAAACCCCACUAACUAUCUAUGCAUCCAUCUAUCAUGUGUGGGGAAUUGGCUGUCUCUCUCUCUCUUUUUGUUGAGAUAGGUUUUCUCUGUGUAGCGUUGGCACCUUUCCUGGAUCUCGCUCUGUAGCCCAGGCUGACCUUGAACUCAACAGAGAUCUGCCUGCCUCUGUCUCCCAAGUGCUGGGAUUAAAGGUAUGCACCACUGACACCCAGCUCUGGCUGUCUCUUUUUACCAUGUGGGUCAGCCAAUUAUGAUGGAACUCUGGUGUCAGACUUCAUGGCCUGUGCGUUUAUCCACUGAAUUAUCACCCAAUUUCUAAGUUGAAAAAACACCUUUUAAAGACAUUAUCAAAAUACAGAAGAAUGCAGUGUUUCCAUUUUGGGACAUUUACACUCUCUGCCGGGGGAAGGGCAGGCAGUGUGCAGCACCAGCAGGGAGAAAGACAUCCCAAGGUCAAAUUCUUGUUUCCUUUGCUGUAACUAAUCACAGAGACUAAAUGGCAUGAACAUAAACUAGAUUUUCAGUUGAUAAACCUAACAGGUCAUCAUGUAAUUUUGAAUCAAGGUGCUUUCUCAUUAUUUACUACAGCAAAGCAGAUAAUCAAGUCCUCCCACCACCAAGCCUCCCAGAAGGCUGGACUACUGAACGGGAACCAAGGCAGGUGUUAAACCGAUCCUCAUCAAGCCUUUCCCACUACCACUCUAGUCAUGUUCUGUCUCUGGGCUGAGCCAGGGAGAAGAGUUGAAAAC